AGCCGUUCCGCACAUGCGCAGUGACCUUUUCCGUGUUAAUUUUAUUUACUCUUCUCCAAAAAUCCAAGAUGGCUGCUGUUGUGAGUGGAGCGGUCCCCUCAGCGAAGCGCUAGCCACCGAACAUGGACAAGCGGACAACAUUAACGUGUAGCCAGCCAUCUUUAUUCACUUUAACCCACCCUUGAGGAGUAGGGAGGGAUUAUUUAUAAGAGCAGAAGUUGUGGAACAUCCGGUUGGAGUGUGUUUAGAGCGGGUCGUUUGGAAGUUGUGAGUCUGUGAGAGAGAGGUGAGGUGGCCCUGCUCCAAAUGGCCGAACCCAGAAAAGUCCCCUUUGUCACUCUCUCGGCCUUCACCGCCGCCGCCGCCGCUCCUCCUCCUCCGGGAUCUGAGGCCAGGAAACGGCGCUUGGACGCGGACACCGAGCUGAGCCUGAGCCGGGAGUCGGGACUCGGAGCUCCUGAGGCGGAUGGUUCGGGUAAAGCUCCGGGGCAAAGCGAGACUGUGCGGAUAAACAUCACCCUGCCGGAGAGCACCGAGCUGAGCUUUCCUGAAUUCAGCUACAGCGAACUGCUCCAGGCUAAGAAGAAUCCUCCUGCUGUCACGCAGACUUGCAACCUGUUUAAUGAUGAGCAACGAGAGAAACAGGAAGUGGAAGCUCUGGCGAGGAAGUAUGAGAACAAAUAUGGUUCGGGGUGCAGGAGGAAGCGCAAGGAUCGGGUUCAGGAUUUGAUUGAUAUCGGGUUUGGUUAUGAUGAGAGCGACUCGUUCAUCGACAAUUCCGAGGCCUAUGAUGAACUGGUUCCUGCAUCUCUCACCACUAAACUGGGAGGGUUUUAUAUCAACACCGGCACGCUACAGUUCCGCACUGCCUCUGAGUCUGAGAGCGACGAUGUAGAGAGGCGCGACAGCAGCAGGGGUGAUGAAGAUUCAGAGGUGAAGAAGAAGAGGAGAAGAGAUGAAGAGGAGCUGGAGGAGAAGAAGAUGACGAAUAACCGACUAACAAAGACAGGUGUGUCUCGUCCGGAGAAGAAGAGGAGGAAGAAGCUGAUGUUGGCGGCGAUGCUGAGACGCUUCGCACGCGAGAAGAAAGAAACGAGCAAACUAAACCCGACUAAUAGCGCACAGCUCCUCCACAGCGACGCCCUGCUCGGAGACCUGACCUCUGACCCCGCGAUGAUGUCACUGCUCACCUCUGCCAGUGAGGGCGAGCUGCAGGAUCUGCUGAAUGACUUGGACUUCAGCGCUCUGGACUCCGCGCCUCAGACUCAGCUCACAGAAAACGGACCGAUGUUCAGGACGGAGAUUGCGUGUCCUCCCCCUCUACCUGAAGGACUCCCCGCCCCGCUGGUCAAACGCAUCGAAGAUCUGCGUGCGGCGUCCAGACAGUUUGAUGAGGAGGGCAGGAAGAAGUUCUUCACCUUGGACAUGAAUAAUAUUUUAUUAGAUAUUGAGCUGCAGGUACAGGAACAGUCUCCCUCCAUUCGCUCUGCUGUGUAUUCUCACCUCGAGGCUUUUGUUCCCUGCAACAAGGAGGCUUUACUGAAACGCCUGAAAAAACUCAGCCUCAACAUCCAGGAUGAUCGUCUCCGUACCCCUCUGCUGAAGCUGAAGUUAGCUGUGUGUAGUGUGAUGCCUGAACAAACAGCCAGAUACCACAUGGACUGUAUGGCCAAAGUAGCAGCCAAGCAGCAUAUGGAGGACGGAGAGAGAAACGCCUCAGAGGAUGAAGAGGAGGAGAAACCGGGGAAACGAGUGAUGGGGCCGAGGAAAAAGUUCAUCUGGGACGACAAACUCCGGACUCUGCUGUGUAACCUGGUGCGGGUGAAGUUGAGGUGUUAUGAGCAGGAGAAGAGUUCUCUCUCUGUAGAAGAUUAUCUCAAAGCUUUCAUGGAGACCGAGGUCAAACCGCUCUGGCCCAAAGGCUGGAUGCAGGCCAGGAUGCUGUUUAAGGAGAGCCUUUCAGUACACGCUCACCUCACAGACCUGGGGAAGAAGAGAAUCAUUUCCACCCCCAGACCUGCGAAAAUAAAGGAAAUGGCAUGGCAACUUGGAGCGGUGCCAGGUGUAAACCCCACCCCUUUCUCUACACACCCGCCCUCAGAGCCAAUCUGCUUGUCUGAUUCGCUAGAUGAGGAUCUGGCCACGAACUCUCUGGACUCCAUCGCCCAGGCUCUGACUCUCCUCAACAAUUCCGCUAAUGGUGUAAACCCAAACACUGCCCCCAGCACCUCCUCUUCCUCUCCUGUCAUAGCAAAACCCCAUACACACACAGUGAGCCCCACCCCUUCCUCACAGUCUUCCACGUCAAAAGACGUCUCUUCAGUGCAAAGACAGACAGUGACGCCUGCUAGUAGACCCAUCAAUGCUAGCAUGAACACCAUGCCCACUGCUAAGCCCCGCCCACCUCCGACAACUACACCUCUUCAGAAGCCGUUUGCCGCAAUCGGGAUGAAGUCCAGCCAAGCCACGCCUCCUGCGGCUCAGAUGAAAACCCCAUCGAACAAAUUGUGUGACAGUGGUACACAACAGCCGAGUUUGAACUCUGUGAGCUUUCAGCAGUUGACCACACCCCCUUCACGGUCAUCGCCCCUCCCCCAGAAAAAGGCCACACCCGCUAGACACCACCAGCAGAGGUUUAUAACACCCAUGCAAGCCACGAUCACGAAGUCUUCCCAAAGUAGCAACUCUCCAAUAAUCAAGCUCACACACCGGCCUCCUGCUCAGACCACGCCUUCUGGCUCUGCCCACCGGCCUCCUGCUCAGACCACACCUUCUGGCUCUGCCCACCGGCUUCCUGCUCAGACCACGCCUUCUGGCUCUGCCCACCGGCUUCCUGCUCAGACCACGCCUUCUGGCUCUGCCCACCGGCUUCCUGCUCAGACUACGCCUUCUGGCUCUGCCCACCGGCUUCCUCCUCAGACUACGCCUUCUGGCUCUGCCCACCGGCUUCCUGCUCAGACCACGCCUUCUGCCUCUGCCCACCGGCUUCCUGCUCAGACCACACCUUCUGCCUCUGCCCACCGGCCUCCAGUUCAGACCACGCCUUCUGGCUCCGCCCACCGGCCUCCAGUUCAUACCACGCUUUCUGGCUCUGCACACCGGACUUCUGCUCAGACCACGCCUUCUGGCUCCUCCCACCGCUCUCCUUUUCAGACCACGGCUGCUGGCUCCAUCCACCACCCUCCUACCCAAACUACGCCUUCUGCCUCUGCCCACCGCCCUCCGGCUCAAAGCACGCUUCCUGGCUCUGCUCAUCGCCCUCCUGUUCAGACCACACCUCCUGGCCCCACUCACCAACCUCCUGGCUCUGCCCACCGCUCUUCUGUUUCUACUCCCUCCCCUCCUAGUCCUGCCCAGCACCCUACUAUUACCACUCCAUCAUCUGGUAAUCGCCCUCCUGCCUCAAAUCCUCAAAAUCUUGCUCCCGCCCACCGAUCCCCUGCUUCAACACUUCCUUCUUCUGGCUCCACCCACCGCCCUUCGGUUUCAACUCCACCCUCUCCGAGCUCCCAACGACCAUCGGUACAGACUCCUCCGGGUUCCGCCUACCGCCAGUCUGUUCCCACCCCACCUCCUAUCAUUGUUCACCGCUCUCCAGUGACCACGCCUCCUUCUGUUUCCUCGCCUUCCCCUUCCUCCUCCCGCACCUCUGUCCCAACUCCGCCCACCCAGUACAGCCCUAAAAGUUCAGGAUUCAAACCACCUUUCAGCCCUGGCCCUGUAGUCACGCCCCACACUUCUAGCUUCCAGGACUGUAACCUCACUUCCUCAUCUGUCACAACCAAUCAUGGACAGAGGCAGAGAGCAGUAGGGGGGGGCAGUCAGAGUAACAAGUCUUCAGCCAAUUGUGCCUCGGCCAUGGGACUGCCGUCUCUGUCUGACUCUGCCCUCUUAAAUCAGGUGGCGUCUGUGCCGUUGGGUUUGGGGAUGUUCGGGGGUCUCGUACCUGUCUCACUGCCCUUCCAGUUCCCUCUGCUCAACUUCACCCCGCCCGGUGCAGCCACACACACCCCCAACUCAGGAUACACACUGACGCCGAACCUGUUUAAGAGUUUGCAGUCAGGUGUACAGGCUGCUCUUCCUCCUCACCUGCAGCUUGCUUUCUCAGAGUCGAACCAAAGUCAGGGAGGAGACGUGAAGAGGAAAUGAGACAAGACAUGAAUGUAACCACAAAACCCCCAUCACAGAGCUGUUAUUAAAUAUAUUCAACAUUCUCUUAUUAGAUUACUAUCAUUAUUAUUAUUCAGACUGUAGACAUGAGGAACUGUGGUUUUGCUUCCGUUGUGUGUGAAGCUUCUGGACCUAAUCGAUUGAAACGACACAAUCCUCCAAGAAAAGAUUUCUCUUACAAACCCCUUCAGACCCCUCAGGCACCAAAAAUAGCACGAAAAAUUGACUCGGAUGGGCAGAGUUACUGUUUUACCCAUCAAUCAUGGCGUCUGGGUGGAGCUAGUGUCGACACCUGAGAUGUUAUGUGUGUGACUUCGUGUGUGUGUGUGAGCGAGCGAGCGAGCGAGCUCAUUUAGUGGGAAUUGUUUACAAAAUAAAAAUCCAAAAAUAGUGCAAACCCAGAAAUGUAGCAGAGUUAUUCCACUCCAGUCACCUGAAAUACAAGUCUUUAUACCAACAAUAAUCUGAUUAUGGUAGAAUAAUUAAUUUACUGAAAUAUAUUAGAAAUAAAAACUCUGAUGCUGAACACUAUGACACCACAAGGGGCCGCUAAAGUGCACAAACGUUAUUUACUAUGAACACUGAAUCAUUUAGUGAAGUAGCCUGCAUUUUAGAUUGUGGUUUUUUUCUCUCUCUCUUUUUUCAAUAAAUGUAUCAUAUUUUGAUAUAUUUGUGCAGGUCAUGUGACCGCAGGCGUGGAGUCUGAAGGGGGUUUUAGAGCGCCGCAGAGGAGCGAGUGGGUCGUUGUCAUUUCUGAUUUUGUCAGUAUGUUUACAUAAGACCUUAAUCACUGUGGAAGGAAGUGACAUAAUUUAUAUUUCUAUUUAAGUUUGUGCUGCUGGUGCUGUGUGUGUGUGUGUGUGUGUGUGUGUGUAUAUGUAUGUAUGUAUGUAUGUAUGUCUGUGACAUUUCUACAUGCGCUCUUUAUUCCACCAAACGUUAAAGCAACUCGACGUUGUGUUUGCUGUUUAGCGUUUUAAUAAGUGCUUCAGUUAUUUGAGCUUUAACACAGACAUUUCAGGCUCAUUUGUGAUUUAAUACUUAAAGUUUAUAGAUAGAAAUAUAAAGAUCUCGAUUAUUAUAUGGUGUGUGAGCGAGAGAGAGAGACCGUCAUAUCCCUCAGUUGCUCAGUGUUUCGGUGCUGUAGACUCACACUGGACCUUGUUAUGAAACUUGAAGUUGUUUUUAUUUUAUUUUUUUUUAGAGAGAGAGAGAAAGUGUGUGUAUUUGUGUGUGUGAGAGAGAUGUGAGCUCAUAUUUGAACGUUACUUUUCUAAAAGAUUUUUAGUUCAGUGUCACUUUUCAAUUAGGCGUGUGCCGAUAAUCAGUACAACAAUCUAAUCAUGAUCUCAGUCACAAUGUUGCUCUGUUCAUUAAUAAGAAUAAGUUACCCUAGAAGAUAGUGUGCCUGUGUAGGGUGUGAUUUGAAGUGCACUAAAUUGUGUAGCCCAUAAAAAAAACUGCAUUACACUAGGUAGAGGAUUAAAUACUGCUGACUUGAUGAUAAACAGCCCUGUGUAGUGCACUGUAUUUCCCACUCACUCCUAAAUGCACUACAUAGGGUUUACAAUAAUUUUAUAAGAAUGUUAUUCACCCUAAACCCUUUCUAAGCUUGUUCACUAGGUGACGUGCACAUGGAAUAUACCUACCUCUAUAUAUGUAGUGCCCUACAUAAGGUGUAAAGUUAAUACCACUUGUACUCUAUACUACUUUAUGUUCACUACACAGGGUAUCAAUAAUGUUUUACACCCUACAUAGUAUAUAAGAUGAAGUGUGCACCCUUAUGCACUACAUAGGGGGUGAAAUAAUGCAUCCUUGCAGAAUGUAAUGUACGUUUCCUAUGUAAGUGUACGAUGUAGGGGAUAAAAAAAAAAUUCCACUUACACCCUAUGUAGUGCACUAUAGCCAAUAAGGAGCAACAUGGAAGAUUUUACUCUCUACUCCCUACAUAGAGGGAAUGAUGUCCCCUAUACCCUAAAAGUGUGAGAAAGACACGUGACCGGCAGAAAGAAUAUUCGCUGAUUAUCGUUACACGACUGCAAACUGAAACGCCUUCAAUUGUGAGAUUAUAAACUAAUAAACUAUGCAGGACGCUUCAAAUGCAAAAAAAA